AUGGACACUGGUACUGACCGGCCUCCGUCGGAUGGCUCUCCGGCCUCUCCGGCCGCUGCCGCCCAUGCUGCUGCCGAUCCGGUCCCUCUCACGCUCAGCGAUAUCCGCACAAGCUACGACAACUUUGAGGUCGCCGGCUUUGGCCAGGUGGCCCACCAUGAACAUCUAACUGUUGUCUCAAACAUCUGGACUUGCGGUGCGAUUUGGACGGUCGCGGUCUGCACCCUGUUGUGGAGUUUCACGAGCGCCCAUCACAUAUUUCACAACGAGGCGGACUGGAGGGGAGCAUAUUACGGCCUCAUCCUAUUUUUUGGCAUAGACCUCUGCGUGCUCGUUAUACUUGCCAUCUGCAUGCAUUCGCUUUACCGAUUCUUGGGCUUCACCCCAGAGGAAAUUGCUAACAUUCACAGUUCCCGAGAGGGUUGGACAGCGGCCACGGCCUCAUUCUACGGAAUCGUAGCAGGAGUGUUAUUUCGCGCCUCACGUAUCCGCGAUGGCCGGUUGGGCCGCCUCAACCUGAUGCUUGUUCAGUUUGUAGUCUUCGGAUUCUACCCAGCUGUUGGCCUCUUGAUUUUUCAUUCGAACAUCAUGCCCACGCCCUUUUUCAUGGGAUACUGUUGGCAGCCCUUAAUUUGGGGGGAUACGAUGGCUGAAAUCAUUGGCAGUUUCUUCGGGCGCUUUGAGUUCGAAGUCUACGGUUUCGGUGACAUCAACCGCAAGACUGUAGAAGGAGUUGUCUCUUGCUACAUUGCAUCUUUUUGCGCAUGCUUUUCGUACACGACUGUUCACAGCUCAGAGUUUCCCAGUCAAAAGUUCGAGCGGAACAUGAUGAUGGUGCAUGGCUUCAGUGCUUUGGUUGCAACGAUUGCCGAAACGUUUGCACCACGGGCUACGGACAACGGAUUCAUGCUCCUGGGUGUUGCCGUUGUCGUGAUUUACUUUUACCCAUCGUUGCUAUGA